CCACCCUCCCUUGUCCACCUUCCAUCUUCUUCCCACAGGCUCAAUCCAUUCAGAAGCCUAUCAUGUCGUCCCGGUCGCUAUGGAGGGGUUUGCAGUUCACUACAAGGCGCCGCCUUGUCUCCACAGACACCCCGUAUCGUUGCUUUUCUUGCUCCCGAGUACAGGCCGACUCCAAGUCUGACCCUGAACGAAUGACCCAUUUCGGCUUUACAAAUGUGCCUGAAUCGAAAAAGGAAUCAAUGGUCGGCGCAGUGUUCAGCUCGGUUGCCUCAUCCUACGAUACUAUGAACGACCUUAUGUCGCUUGGAGUCCAUCGUCUGUGGAAAGACCACUUUGUGCGCUCAUUAAACCCAGGAUCUGCACUCCCUUCUCGUGAAGGCGACUUGGCCGGACGAGGCUGGAACAUCCUCGAUAUUGCAGGGGGAACAGGCGACAUCGCGUUCCGCAUGUUGGACCACGCGACAAAUAUUAACCAUGAUAAUGAAACCAGGGUUACAAUUGCUGAUAUCAACCCGGAUAUGCUGGCGGAAGGCAAGAAGCGCAGCAUUGAGACGCCCUAUUACGGCACAGAUCGACUAUCAUUCAUGGAGGGCAACGCGGAGCACAUGCCCUUGAUCCCAGAUAACUCUGUGGAUCUGUACACGGUGGUUUUUGGAAUUCGCAACUUCACAGACAAGCAAGCGGCCCUACUAGAGGCAUAUCGUGUGUUGAAGCCCGGCGGUGUAUUUGCGUGCAUGGAAUUUAGUAAGGUGGACAACGCAUUGUUCAAUACAGUCUACAAGCAGUGGAGCUUCAGUGCAAUUCCCCUGAUCGGACAGUUGGUGGCUGGAGAUCGAGAGAGCUAUCAGUACCUAGUUGAGAGCAUUGAGAAGUUUCCCAGCCAGGAGGAAUGGAGGGGAAUGAUUCAGAAAGCUGGGUUUACAAUCCCCGGUCGAGGUUACGAGAAUCUGACGGGAGGGAUCGCCGCCAUCCACAAGGGAAUCAAACCACUGUCUAAGGUCUGAUUUGCCCUCGAGGCGGAUGUUUAUUUUUAGCGACCAAUAUGUACUACUAGGGAUUUUUAGACGACCCAUGUAUAUUAGUAUUGAUUAUUGCCUAGUAAGAUCUCUGAC